AUGCCUUCUUCCCACGCCUACCACUUGACCUUUGAACUCUACCCGACGCCUGAUCCGAGGGCUGCACCUGGCGAGGCAGCACUACCGCCCAACAUUUGGCGUCCUGGACUGGGCGCAAGCAUCUUUGACGACCUCCCGUGGCACGCGACAGCAGAAACCACCGAGGAAGACGGUAACGGCGGUGUCGACAAGAGGACAGCGACAGAGGACGACAUUCUCGCUGCUCUGCCCGAACGGAACAAGAAUGACAGCCGAGACGGCAUAGGAAGAAGCGGCUUCAGCACCAACUCAGACCACAGCGAAAACGACGGGCCAUCGAAACAAAAGACAAACACGAUAAACUACGCAAGGACACCGAGACAAAGACAUACAGCCGGACUGGGCCCAGAGACAGCCGCGCGUGACUGGCGCUUUGGGCGCGUGCGCAUCGCGAGCUUCGAUAUGGAGACGCCGCAAGACGGAGCAACUGUUGGGGUUGGAGAAUCACAAACAGAUGGCAACCACAACGACAAGCCAAUACCGGCUGCGUCACUGGGGCCCGUGCUCGGCGGGGCUGGCCAGUCGACACGCGGCCGCUACAAUCCACUGGCCACGAAGGUCACCGAUGCCGGCUGGGGCAUCGUACACCUGUAUCGCGAGGGCGGAUCGACGUACUUGAGCGAGGAUGCCGACGAGUACGGCGGCGACGGCAGUGACGGCAGCGACGGUACCAUUCUGUGCAUCCCGGCCGUGCCCAGCUACAUCACGCCGCGCGAUUUCUUGGGGUUUGUUGGCGAGACCUGGAGCCGGGACGUCAGCCAUUACCGCAUGAUCCUGACCAGCCGCACCAACCGCUACAUGGUCCUGAUCAAGUUCCGUGACAGCAAACACGCCAAAUCCUGGCGCGCCGCCUUUGACGGCCGCGUCCUCAACAGCAUGGAGUCCGAGAUCUGCCAUGUGGCGUUUGUCAAGUCGAUUGCCAUUGAGACGCCGGACUCGCUUGGCAUUCGGGAGCGGCAGAUGCAGAACGCCGAUGGCUCCACACAUACAACCAAGGUGACGGCCGUGGCGCACGGCGGGACACAGCCCCACUCAAAAGCCGACGACACCCGGCCGAGCUUACCACCGCACCGACUGAGCCACAGCGGCAAGGAGCCUGCGUCACUCAACUCGCUGCGGCCACACCCACCGCCGACAGCCAACCUGAUUGAGCUUCCGACGUGUCCGGUAUGCCUCGAGCGCAUGGACGACACGGCAGGCAUCAUGACCAUCUUGUGCCAGCACGUCUUCCACUGCACCUGCCUGCAGACGUGGAAGGGCUCGGGCUGCCCCGUGUGUCGCGCCACCAACCCGUCACAGUUGAGCACGGCACUCGUGGGCCCCGGCGGCAGCUCCAGCAAAAUUGCCAGCGGCGGCGAGGCAGGCCCUUCAUCGUCCGGCUCUACGAACCCCUACGAUCCAUCCAACCCGUAUUCCCAACCAUUUGCCGCUGGCGGCGUGUCCAACUUGUGCUCGGUGUGCGACUGCGCGGACGACCUGUGGAUCUGCCUGAUUUGCGGCAAUGUCGGCUGCGGCCGCUACAAGGGCGGGCACGCCAAGGAGCACUGGAAGGACACCAUGCACUCGUUCAGCCUCGAACUCGAGACGCAGCAUGUCUGGGACUAUGCAGGUGACAUGUGGGUGCACCGCCUGAUCCGCGACAAGGGCGACGGUAAGGUUGUCGAGUUACCCGGGCGCAGCCGUGGGCGGAACAGAAGGCGAGGCGGAAAUCGUCAAGGCGGCGAUGACCAUGGAAACGAAGCGGGCGAAGGACAGCAUGGCCGGCGCCCACGCAACGGGCGCCGACAGCAAGACGACGACGACUACAAUGAUCGUGAUCACGAAUACGACGAUGAUGCCGACGACGACGACGACGAAGAAGACGAAGAAGUCGUGCCGCGCGCCAAGCUCGACCGCAUUGGGCUCGAGUACACCCACCUGCUCACCAGCCAGCUCGAGAGCCAGCGGGUGUACUUUGAAGAACUGGUCAACAAGGCAGCCGACAAGGCCAGCAAAGCCGCCGCCGCCGCCGAGUCCGCCGCCGCCCAGACCAUCGAGGCCCUGCGGGAACUCGCGUCCCUGCGCGCCGCCCACACGACGCUGGCCGAAUCGACGGUCCCCGCCCUCGAGCGCGACGUCGAGCGCGAGCGCCGCCGUGCCGACAAGGCUGCCGAGCUUGCGCGCGGACUGAGCAAGUCGCUGCAGGAUGAGAAGCGCGUCUCGGAGGGCCUCAUGGUGCGCAUCAAGCAUGUCCAGGAACAGGCCGCCACCCAGCAGCAGCAGCUGGCGGCCGCGCAGGCCGAGGCGGCCGAGCUCCGGGAGACAAACCGGGACCUGACCAUGUUUAUCUCUGGCCAGGAGAAGCUGCGCGAGCUGGAGGCAGAGGGUCAAGUUGCUGCGGGCGAAGUUGAGGCCGGAACCGCCAGUGUGCCAGAGGAGAAGAAGGGCAAGAACAAGGGCAAGGGACGGCGGCGGUAG